AAGGGGGUGGGGGGGUGGCAAACCAGCCGAGCUUUCUGAUUGGCUGAGGGGUCCGUGGCCGUUAGGGCGAGAAAGGGCUGUAGAAGGCUCGAGGCAGUGGGGGAAACUGGGUUUUCCUCAGACUUGAGGUGAAGACAAGCACACAGAAGGGGACGAGGAGUCCCAGACAGAGUGUGGCGGAAGACUCUGGGGUGAAGCUAAGGGGGUCGGUUUAUGGAUCCCGUGAGCCGUCCGGGUGCCCCCAAAGGCUUCUGAAAAUGCAGGAACCUGUGAGGUCAAGAUUGGCCUCCCUCAGUGACUUUCAAUUUGGAGCUGUUGCCACAGAGAUGAUCGAAGACGCUCUGCUUCACCUGGCGCAGCAGAACGAGCAAGCCGUGCAGGGGGCUGCCGGCCGGAUGGGCAGCUUCAGGGAGACCCGGAUCGUGGAGUUUGUUUUUCUCCUGUCUGAACAAUGGUGUCUGGAGAAAUCCGUGAGCUACCAGGCUGUAGAAAUCCUAGAAAGGUUUAUGGUUAAGCAGGCAGAGAAUAUCUGUAGGCAAGCCACGACCCAGCUGAGAGAGAAGACGGAGCCUCAGAAUUGGAAAGCUCUGAAAGAACAGCUUUUCGACAAGUUCAUCCUGCGUCUUGUGUCAUGUGUUCAACUGGCGAGCAAACUUUCCUUCCACUACAAAAUUAUCAGCAACGUUACAGUCCUCAAUUUCCUCCAGUCUCUGGGGUAUGUGCACACUAAGGAGGAACUGCUGGAGUCAGAGCUUGAUGUUUUGAAGUCCCUGAACUUCCAAAUCAAUCUGCCUACUCCCCUGGCAUAUGUAGAGAUGCUUCUGGAGGUUUUAGGAUACAAUGGCUGUUUGGUCCCAGCCACACAGCUGCAUGCAACCUGCCUGAUCCUGCUCGACCUUGUCUAUCUCCUGCACGAACCCGUAUAUGAGAGCCUGCUCAGGGCUUCAAUUGAAAACUCCAUACCCAGUCAGCUGCAAGGGGAAAAGUUUGUUUCAGUGAAGGAAGACUUCAUGCUGUUGGGAGUAGGAAUCAUUGCGGCAAGUGCUUUCAUCCAAAACCAUGAGUGCUGGAGCCAGGUUGUGGAGCAUUUGCAGAGCAUCACUGGCAUUGCCCUGGAAAGCAUCGCUGAGUUCUCUUACGCAAUCCUGACUCACAGCGUGGGCGCCAACACUCCAGAGCGACAGCCUGUCCCCCCCCACCUGGAGGCCAGAGCUCUGCGGGCUGCCACUUCCUCCAACACGUGAGGUGGGCUCCACCCGCCAAGUAUUCAACAGCCUUCACCACUGCGCUUAUCCCUCCUUUUGUUUACUCUUCAACUCAGGGUACAAAAGUUCCAAGUAUCUUUUGGACUAUGUUUUGUGUUCCAACUUCAUGUGCACUUUUCUGCAUCGGACAAAGAGUUAAAGUUGA